GGAAAAGAAUGUUCGAUUUGACGGGCAAGCAUGUCUGCUAUGUCGCGGACUGUGGCGGCAUUGCACUGGAGACCAGCAAGGUUCUCAUGACCAAGAACAUAGCGAAACUGGCCAUAUUGCAGAGCACAGAGAAUCCCCAGGCCAUCGCCCAGCUUCAAGCCAUUAAGCCGAGCACUCAGAUAUUUUUUUGGACCUACGAUGUGACCAUGGCCAGGGAGGAAAUGAAAAAGUAUUUCGAUGAAGUGAUGGUGCAAAUGGACUACAUCGAUGUCUUGAUAAACGGAGCCACUUUGUGCGAUGAGAACGACAUUGAUGCCACCAUCCACACGAAUCUAACGGGAAUGAUGAACACGGUGGCCACUGUUCUGCCCUAUAUGGACAGAAAAAUGGGCGGAUCUGGAGGAUUAAUAGUGAAUGUUACAUCAGUUAUUGGCUUGGACCCAUCUCCGGUAUUUUGUGCCUACAGUGCUUCGAAAUUCGGAGUCAUUGGCUUCACCAGAAGUCUAGCGGACCCACUGUACUAUUCCCAAAACGGAGUGGCUGUCAUGGCUGUUUGCUGUGGCCCCACCAGAGUUUUUGUAGACCGCGAGCUAAAGGCCUUCCUGGAAUAUGGCCAGUCCUUUGCCGAUCGCCUGCGCCACGCCCCCUGCCAGUCGACUGCCAUUUGUGGCCAGAACAUUGUCAAUGCCAUCGAGCGAUCCGAGAAUGGUCGAAUAUGGAUUGCCGAUAAGGGCGGACUGGAGCUGGUCAAGUUGCACUGGUACUGGCAUAUGGCCGAUCAGUUCGUCAACUAUAUGCAGAGCAACGACGAAGAAGAGCACGAUUGACUGCGAGUGAAAUAAAGCGAAAAG